GUCCGUCUGUCCGUCAGUCCGUGCUCGCAACUCCGGCCACCGGCUUGGAUGGACGCACCGAGGCUGCCCGGGCGUUCAGGCAUCUUGCUUUCGAAGUUGAUCCUGCUCUUUGUCUACGCAGAUGGCUGCCUUGCUCAGUGUGGCAAGGACUGCACAGCUUACUGCUGUCACGGGACCGCGCCCUACUGUUGCCCUUACUACGCCUACAUUGGAAACAUCCUUUCGGGCACCGCCAUCGCCGGCAUUGUGUUUGGAAUCGUGUUUAUCAUGGGAGUCAUUGCUGGAAUCGCCAUAUGCAUUUGUAUGUGCAUGAAGAACAACCGCGGGACCCGGGUGGGCGUCGUCAGGACCACGCACAUCAACGCCAUCUCCUCCUUUCCCAUAGCACCUCCGCCCUAUAGUUAUGAGCAUGAGAUGGAAUACUCUGCGGACUUGCCUCCACCCUACUCGCCAGCACCACAGGCUUCAGUACAGCGGUCGCCACCACCUCCAUAUCCUGGGAAUUCAAGGAAAUAAUCCUACUCCCAGGGCAGAAUGCAUGCCCA